CAGUGUUUUUCACCCGGACAGUUUCAGACGUAAACGCUUAGCUGUCAAAAGCAGGAAGUGGACGAUUGUGUCGCUCCUCUUCUUUUAUCGCAGAUUUUUCACUGGUGUAACACAACAACGUGCACACGAACUCGUUUAUUUAUGCUCUGUAAGGCAAACGGCAUGCCAGCAAAACAAUUAUUCACGCAAAAGAAAUCAAGACAAACGUGACACUGAUGCUGAUGAUUAGCCCCAGAAUGGCCUCAGGAGUGCAAGAGAAACAGUACACGGCAUCUCUGCUCAAUUUCUUUGUUUAUAAUCCCACAUUUGGACCGCGGGAAGGAGAGGAAGAGAAGAAGAUUCUUUUUUAUCACCCCAGUGAUGUGGAGAAGAAUGAGAAGAUCCGAAAUGUGGGCCUGUGUGAAGCUAUUGUCCAAUUUACCAGAACAUUCUGCCCAACAAAACCAGCAAAAUCCCUGCACACGCAGAAGAACCGACAGUUUUUCUUUGAGCCUGAGGACAAUUUUUGGAUGGUCAUGGUGGUUCGAAACCCAAUGAUCGAAAAACCAAACAAAGAUGGCAAACCUCCUACAAUAGAGUAUCAGGAAGAGGAAAUUCUUGACACAGUCUAUGGUGCAGUGGUAAAGCAGUGCUACAGUAUGUAUAAGCUUUUCAAUGGUACCUUUGGGAGAGCCAUGGAGGUUGGCGGAGUGGAGCUGCUAACUCAAAAGCUUGAAAAGUUCUUCUACAGGUAUCUGCAGACUCUCCACCUGCAGUCCUGUGACCUGCUGGAUGUAUUUGGAGGUAUCAGCUUCUUCCCGCUGGACAAGAUGACAUACCUGAAGAUCCAGUCGUUUGUCAACCGCGUGGAGGAGAGUCUCAGUCUCAUCAAAUACACAGCCUUCUUGUAUAACGACCAGCUCAUCUGGAGCGGCCUGGAACAAGAUGACAUGAGGAUCUUGUACAAGUACUUGACCACAUCGCUGUUCCCCAGGCACUCCGAGCCGGAGUUGGCCGGCAGGGACUCUCCUCUGAGGCCAGAAGUUGCAGGCAAUUUGUUGCACUAUGGGAGGUUUUUGACAGGACCAGCCAAUCUUAAAGACCCUGAGGCCAAAUUCCGUUUUCCCAAAAUAUUUGUCAGCGCAGAGGAGGGCCAUGAGGAGCUGCAUCUGAUUGUGUAUAAGGCGAUGAGUGCGGCUGCCUGUUUUAUGGUCAAUGCCUCUGUGGAGAUGACGAGGGAGUUCUGUGAGCAGUUGGACGGCUUGGUGGGUCCGCAGCUCACCUUACUGGCGUCUGAUAUAUGCGAACAGUUCACCCUCAACCGCAGGAUAUCAGGGCCGGAGAAGGAGCCCCAGUUUAAGUUUAUUUACUUCAACCACAUGAACCUGGCAGAGAAAAGCACGAUACACAUGAGGAAGACGGCCAGUGUCUGUCUCACCUCUGUCCAUCCUGACCUCAUGAAGAUUCUGGGGGAUAUCAACUGUGACUUCGCCAGAGUUGAUGAAGAUGAGGAGAUCAUUGUAAAAGCUAUGACAGACUACUGGGUUGUUGGCAAAAAGUCCGACCAGAGAGAACUGUACGUGAUCUUAAAUCAGAAGAAUGCCAAUCUGAUUGAAGUCAAUGAGGAGGUUAAGAGGCUUUGUGCGACACAAUUCAACAACAUAUUCUUCCUGGACUGAUGGAAUGAACACAGAGACUUUUUGACCACACUACAAACUGUCAGUGUUGCAGGGUAUCACGGCAGCAUCAGUGUAAUGCAAAAGUUGCAUUGUAAAAUUAAAAAAACAAAAAUAUUUCUCAUCAUUAUUUGUAAUUUAACCUUAAAAAUGUCAUUUUGUAAGUAAGUGUACAAAUGUACUUCAUUAUGUCAUUGUCUUUGCACAUAACUUCUUUUUAGAGAAUUCUUUCUUAAGAUGUCAAUGUGUCUUUUCAUUGUACACUGUUUCUGUUCCUCAAACUGCUAUUUCGAGUUUUUACAUUUUUUUUUUAAGAACAUCACAUCAGAACUUAGUUUUUUAAACAACUACUAAAUUUAAAUAAAUUAUGUAGUAAAUGUACAUACUGUAAAUAGCCUCUGUUUCUUAUUGAAAGUUAAAGGGUGUUUUAGUAAGGUAGUACAAAAAUGGCUUAGGAAUCAUUAUCACGUGUAUGGUGUAACUCCUAAAUGUUUAAUAACACCCAUUUUUAGGUGUGUUUUUUUGUUUGGUUUUAGGCCCCCAUGCUAACACCAGUGACAGGGUGGGUAACCAUAGAUCUUGGAGCCUUCCAUUAUCGUGAUAUUGUUGCGUUUGUAAUUAUAGACUACUUGCUUCAGGUGCAAUCAGAUGAACACAUGAAUGUGGUUUUAAAGAACACCUACAAAUAGCCCUUCACCCCCACGUUGACGACUUAUGGUGGUUAACACUGUUAGCUAACGCAGCUUUGCUUACCUUAUGGCUUUGACAUGAUAGUUGGCAAAGGUGUUGUUUUGCUCUGGAACGUGAGCCAGCCUAGCUGAUCAUGUCAAUGGAGGUGGUUAUGUUAACUAGCCCCACUGGGGAAGUGCAGAACUCGCUCACAGGCAUAUUUAGAAAAAGGCAGAUACCUAAAGAUUUACUUGGUUGUGGUUAAUUCCAUACUUGAUUGGUGGGCAGGAAGUCCAGCGACCAAACUAUUUGCAUACUAACAUUAAAAAGUCAAUUUUC